AUGAUACCGUCGGUACUGGUGAAGCCGAAUCUCGACGAGGUGCAAGAGGCCCUCGUGGCGAGCGGCAAGCACGUGACGGGGGUGGCCAAAGGCGUCGCUCAGUGGGACAGCGGCAAGGACGGCAAGAGCGACAAGGUGACGUGGCGAUCGACGCCCUGGGCUCCGAAGCGAAACCUGCUGGACGUCGUCACCCGGGCGCAGAUGGAGGCCCAGAGACGCCAGCAGGACGCCAACGAGGAUCCGAAGAGUCGUCGUCGGCGACUCUACAAGGUCGUCUCAGAGGAGAAGCCGACGUUCCCGGUGCAGAAGCGUAAUUUCCACACCAUGAUCAUGGACAAUAAGGAGAUCAUCAAGAUGUUCUCGAUUCUCGGCACUUGCGUUCAAGCGUUUCGACAGGAUUUGUCUGAGUUUCUCGAGCGUUGGAAACUCUACAAUUUUCUCUGGCAAAACGAGCGCAGCGUGCGAGAGCUGCUGCAGAUAUCGCUGACCGAGUUCGAGAGCACGCUGAGGAAGCACGGCGAGCUCGAAGCCAAGCUGGCGACCGAACCGGACAUGAUAGUGUUCGGCUCGUCCAUCGCCGUCUCCACCGAGAAGCUCAAGUACGGCCUGUUUACGGAAAUAAAAAGCGCCACUCACAAAAUUGGCCAAGCCAUCAAGAAAAAGUAUCGUCGCGAGAUGGAAUACGUUUACGCCGUAAUGAGUGAGAUGGAAAGGAAAUUAGAUAGGCAGAUACGCGAUUUGGACGACGUGAAAGUCAUCAUGGAAACUUUGAGGAAAAUCCGAGAACAAGAGGUCGACAUGGAGCUGAAAAUCGAGCCCAUCGAGGAGGCAUUCAACAUCGUGACGAGAUACGAGGUACCUGUUGAUCGGGAAUGCCUCGAACAAGUAGACAACUUAAGGUACACGUGGCAGCAGAUCCAGACCCGAGCCCUGAACAGUCAUAUCCAGCUGCUCAAUCUGCAGCCGCAACUGGAGCAGGAGCUGCGCGCCAAUCUGGAAAAAUUUCGCGUCGACAACGAGGCCUACUGCGAGGAGUAUCGCACCUCGGGUCCGAUGCAGGCCGGCUUGACGCCGCGCGAGGCCUCGGAUCGCCAGAUACUGUUUCAGAAUCGCUUCGACGGCAUGUGGCGCAAAUUGCAGGCCUACCAGAGCGGCGAGGAGCUGUUCGGGCUGCCCAUCACGGAUUAUCCCGAGCUAACGCAGAUCAGAAAGGAGCUGAAUCUGCUGCAGAAGCUGUACAAACUUUACAACGACGUGAUCGAUCGAGUCAGCAGUUACUACGACAUACCUUGGGGCGAGGUGAACAUCGAAGAGAUCAACAACGAACUGAUGGAAUUCCAAAAUCGAUGCCGAAAAUUGCCGAAAGGAUUGAAAGAGUGGCCGGCCUUCUUCGCUCUGAAGAAAACGAUCGACGACUUCAACGACAUGUGUCCUCUGUUGGAACUGAUGGCCAACAAAGCCAUGAAACCGCGUCACUGGCAGCGAAUCGUGGAAGCCACGAAUCACGUGUUCGAUCUCGAGAGCGAAGGAUUUUGUCUGAAAAAUAUCUUGGAGGCACCUCUGCUGAAGCACAAGGAAGAUAUCGAAGAUAUUUGCAUAUCGGCGAUGAAGGAAAAAGACAUCGAGGCGAAACUUAGACAGGUCGUCAACGAAUGGUCGACUCACGAGUUGACUUUUAUGACGUUCAAUAAUAGAGGAGAGUUGCUUCUUCGAGGCGAUACAACAGCUGAAACUAUUGGACAAUUGGAGGACAGCUUAAUGAUAUUGAGCUCUCUGAUGUCGAAUCGUUACAACGCACCGUUUCGCAAGCAAAUUCAACAGUGGCUCGGCGAUCUGUCCAACACCAACGAGAUCCUCGAGCGGUGGCUGCUCGUCCAGAACAUGUGGGUUUACCUGGAGGCCGUGUUCGUGGGCGGCGACAUCGCCAAGCAGCUGCCCAAGGAGGCCAAGCGUUUCAGCAAGAUCGACAAGAGCUGGCAGAAGAUCAUGCAGAGAGCCCACGAGACCCCGGGCGUGGUGCCCUGCUGUGUGGGCGACGAUCUGCUCAAGCAGCUGCUGCCUCAUCUGCAAGAGCAGCUCGAGCUGUGCCAGAAAUCUCUCAGCGGCUACCUCGAGAAGAAACGCAUGAUGUUUCCGAGAUUCUUCUUCGUGUCGGAUCCGGCUCUGCUGGAGAUUUUGGGCCAGGCGUCGGACUCGCACACGAUUCAGAAUCACCUGCUGUCCAUCUUCGACAACACGAGAUACGUCAAGUUCCACGACAUCGAGUACAACAAGAUCACUGCGAUCAUCUCGUCGGAGGGCGAGACGAUUCAGCUGGAGCGAGCGGUGAGGGCCGAGGGCUCGGUCGAGACUUGGCUGAUGCAGCUGCUGCUGACCUCUCAGCAGUCGCUGCACUCGAUAAUCCGACAGGCGCAUACGACCAUCAACGAUCAGAACUUCAAUCUGCUGAACUUUCUGGAAAAGAUGCCGGCCCAGGUGGGCAUCCUCGGCAUACAGAUGGUCUGGACGCGGGACUCGGAGAUGGCGCUGCUACAGGCGCGCGCCGACAAGCGAAUAAUGGGCGAGACGAACAAUCGAUUCCUGGAGCUGCUCAACACCCUGAUCGAUCAGACGACCCGAGACCUAUCGAAGAUCGACAGGAUCAAGUUCGAGACGCUGAUAACGAUAGACGUACAUCAGCGCGACAUCUUCGACAUGAUGUGCCGUUUGAACGUGCGAUCAGUCAACGAUUUCGAGUGGUUGAAGCAGUGCCGCUUUUACUUCAAGGAAGAUCUAGACAAGACAAUGGUGUCGGUCACGGACGUGCAGUUCGUUUAUCAAAACGAGUACUUGGGCUGCACCGAACGUCUCGUUAUCACACCUCUGACCGAUCGCUGCUACAUAACUCUCGCCCAGGCGCUGUCGAUGUCGAUGGGCGGCUCGCCCUGCGGACCCGCCGGCACGGGCAAAACCGAGACGGUCAAGGACAUGGGCAAGACACUGGCCAAGUACGUCGUGGUGUUCAAUUGCUCGGAUCAGAUGGAUUAUCGGGGUCUGGGCCGCAUCUACAAGGGACUGGCGCAGAGCGGCUCCUGGGGCUGCUUCGACGAGUUCAAUCGCAUCGAGCUGCCGGUCCUGUCGGUGGCCGCCCAACAGAUCGCCGUCGUUCUGGCCGCCAAGAAGGAAAAGAAGAAGCAGUUCACCUUCACCGACGGCGAUCUCAUCGACAUGUAUCCGGAGUUCGGUAUCUUCAUAACGAUGAAUCCAGGCUAUGCCGGGAGAAAAGAGUUGCCGGAAAAUUUGAAGAUACAAUUUCGUACUGUGGCCAUGAUGGUCCCGGACCGACAGAUCAUCAUACGCGUGAAGCUGGCCAGCUGUGGAUUCUUAGAAAACAUCACCCUGGCUCGAAAAUUUUACACCUUGUAUAAACUGUGCGAGGAGCAGCUUACGAAGCAGGUGCAUUACGACUUCGGUCUGAGAAAUAUCCUGUCGGUUCUGCGCUCGCUCGGAGCCGCCAAGAGAACCAAUUCCAAGGAUUCCGAGAGCACGAUCGUCAUGAGAGUCCUGAGAGACAUGAAUCUGUCGAAACUCAUAGACGAGGACGAGCCGCUGUUCAUAUCGCUGGUGGCCGAUCUGUUCCCGAAUCAGGCGCUGGAAAAGACGGCCUAUCCGGAGCUGGAGGCGGCCAUCGAGAAGCAGGCCCACGAGGACGGCCUCGUGUAUCAUCCGCCCUGGGUGCUGAAGCUCAUUCAGCUGUACGAGACGCAGAGAGUGAGGCACGGCAUCAUGACUCUGGGUCCGACCGGAGCCGGCAAAACGACCUGCAUUCAGACCCUCAUGAAGGCUCUGACUUCGCUGGGCGACGCGCACAAAGAGAUGCGAAUGAACCCGAAGAGCAUAACGUCCGCGCAGAUGUUUGGACGUCUCGACGUCGCGACGAACGACUGGACCGACGGAAUUUUCUCGGCUCUCUGGCGCAAGACCCUCAAGUCCAAGCCGGACGAGCACAUCUGGCUGGUGCUCGACGGCCCGGUCGACAGUAUCUGGAUCGAGAAUCUCAACUCCGUCCUAGACGACAACAAGACGCUCACGUUGGCCAACGGCGAUCGUCUGCCCAUGGCUCCCACCUGCAAGAUAAUCUUCGAGCCGCACAACAUCGACAACGCCAGCCCGGCGACGGUAUCGCGCAACGGCAUGGUCUACAUGAGCUCCUCGGGGCUUGACUGGGAGCCCGUCGUCACGGCCUGGAUCAAGAGCCGUUCGGCCAUGGAGCAGGAGGUGUUCGAGUCCUGCUUUCAGGAGUCGUUCGCGCAGGUCUACGCGUGGAGCGCCCAGUCGUUGGUGCUGGCGAUCAACGUGCUGCAGUGCAACGUGAUACGACAGAUGCUGUGCCUGUUGGAGGGACUGAUUCCACCGCCCGUGGAGGAGGACGAUCAGCCGAAAGAGUUGGAGAUCGAGGACGACGCGGAGAUGAACAAACCCGUACCGAUGACUCCGGAGCAUCUGCGACGCUUCUACGUGUUCGCCCUGAUCUGGGGCAUCGGAGCACUGCUGGAAAAGAGCGGCAGAUCCAAGUACGACGCUUAUUUGAAAGAAAACUUCAAAAGUCUCGAUCUACCCUGCCCGGAGGAAAAUUCCCAAGCGUCGAUCUUCGACUUCUUUGUCAACGACAAGGGCAAGUGGGACCAGUGGUCGAGCCUGCUGACCAGCUACGUCUAUCCGGAGUCGGCCACGCCCGACUUCAGCAGCAUCCUCAUACCCAUACCGGACAACGUGAAGAUCGAGUACCUGAUCCACCUGAUCGGCAAGCAGGACGGCGCGGUGCUGCUCACGGGCGAGCAGGGCUCCGCCAAGACCGUCAUGAUGAAGAACUACACGCGCAAGGCCAAUCCCGAGACGACCCUCAAUCGGUCCUUCAACUUUAGCUCGGCCACCACUCCCUUCCAGUUUCAGAAGACCAUCGAGAGCUACGUGGAGAAGCGCAUGGGCAGCACCUUCGGGCCGGCGGGCGGCAAGAAGAUGCUCAUCUUCAUCGACGACAUCAAUCUGCCGGAGAUCAACGAGUGGGGCGAUCAGAUAACGAACGAGAUCGUACGCCAGACGAUGGACAUGAAGGGCUUCUACUCGCUGGAGAAACCGGGAGAUUUCACGACGAUCGUCGACGUCACGUUCAUGGGUGCCAUGGGUCAGCCCGGUGGCGGUCGCAACGACAUACCCUCUCGGCUGAAGCGUCAGUUCUGCAUCUUCAACUGCACCAUGCCCGACGACGAGUCGAUCGAUCGGAUCUUCACGGUGCUCGGACUCGGCCACUACAACGCCAAGCGAGGCUUCUCCGCGGAGGUGCGCGAGCUGGUCAAGAAUCUCGUCUCCAUCACGAGGAUCCUGUGGCAGAACACGAGGAUCAAGCUGCUGCCGACCCCGGCCAAGUUCCACUACGUCUUCAAUCUGCGAGAUCUGUCGAGAGUCUGGCAGGGCAUGCUCGAUCAACCAAUAACGAUCUUAUAAUUCAUCGUAUACAGAGACGCCCCCGAGCCUACGGGCGAGGAGGGCGAGGACGCGGACAUGGAGCUGCCGAAGGUCUACGAGCCCGUGUUCGAGCACCAGGUGCUGCGCGAUCGCCUGGAGAUGUUUCUGGCGCAGUACAACGAGAUGCAGCGAGGCGCUGGCAUGGACCUGGUCUUCUUCCCCGACGCCAUGCUCCACCUGGUCAAGAUAUCGCGGGUCAUCAGGCAUCCUCGCGGAAACGUCAUGCUCGUGGGCGUUGGCGGUUCGGGCAAGCAGAGUUUGACCAAGCUCUCGUCCUUCAUCGCCGGCUACAAGACCUUCCAGAUCACCCUGACCAGGUCGUACAACGUGGCCAACUUCCUGGAGGACUUGAAGUUUCUGUACAGAGCUUGCGGUGGACAGGGCAAGGGCACGACCUUUCUCUUCUCCGAUCUGGACAUCAAGGAGGAAGGCUUUCUCGAGUAUCUGAACAACAUCCUGAGCUCGGGAGUCAUCAGCAAUCUCUUCACCCGCGACGAGCAGGCGGAGAUAAUUUCCGAGCUGACUCCGAUCCUGAAGCGCGAGAAUCCCAAGAAGACGCUCAACAACGAGAUCAUCAUGGAACACUUCCUUCAGAGAACCUGCCAGAAUUUGCACGUCGUAUUCUGCUUCUCGCCCGUGGGCGAGAAAUUCCGCAAUCGAGCUCAGCGCUUCCCAGCCCUCAUCUCCGGCUGCACCAUCGACUGGUUCCAGCCGUGGCCUCGGGACGCCCUCGUGCUCGUCGCCGAGCACUUUCUGCACGACUUCGAGAUCGCCUGCAGCGCCUCGGUCAAGAACGAGCUCGUCAACGCUCUGGGCUCGAUCCAGGACAUCGUGGCGGAAAACUCGGUGGAGUACUUUCAGCGAUUUCGUCGGGCCACCCACGUAACGCCCAAGUCCUAUCUGAACUUCAUUGGCGGCUACAAGAACAUCUAUCGGAUGAAGCAGUUCGAGCUCGGCGAGGGGGCGCGACGCAUGGACACGGGUCUGGCCAAGCUCGAGGAGGCCUCCAUAUCCGUGGAGAUCUUAAAGCAGGAUCUAGCCGAGAUGGAGAAGGAUCUGGUGCAGGCCUCGGAGACGGCGGAGACCGUGCUGGUCGAGGUCACGGAGCGAGCGACCCAGGCCGAAUCCUUCAAGAAUCAGGUGCAGAAGGUCAAGGAGAAGGCCGAGCAGUUGGUGGCGUGCAUCGCCGAGGAGAAGGGCGUGGCCGAGCAGAAGCUGGAGGCGGCGAAGCCGGCCCUGGAGGAGGCCGAGGCGGCCCUGAACACCAUCAAACCGGCGCACAUCGCGACGGUGCGAAAACUUGGCCGACCGCCCCACCUGAUCAUGCGGAUAAUGGACUGCGUGCUGAUACUGUUUCAACGCAAGAUCAGUCCUGUGAUACCGGACGUCACGACUCAGUGUCCCAAGCCGUCCUGGGCCGAGUCCCUCAAGAUGAUGGCCAGCGCCACGUUCCUGCUGCAGCUGCAGAACUACCCCAAGGACAUCAUCACCGACGAGAUGGUCGAGCUGCUGCAGCCCUACUUCAAGAUGGAGGACUACAACAUGGAAACGGCGCGGCGGGUCUGCGGCGACGUCGCCGGUCUGCUGUCCUGGACCAAGGCCAUGUCGUUCUUUCACUCGGUCAACAAGGAGGUUCUUCCGCUGAAGGCCAAUCUGACUCUGCAGGAGGCGAGACUGAAGGUGGCCAUGGACGACUUGGCCGAGGCCGAGCGAGAGCUGUCGGAUCGAGAGAUGGCGCUGCAGGCCGUUAAAUGUAUGAUUUUUUAUGAAAUAAUAAUUAAGCAUGGAAUAAACUUACCGAUGCUCGAACACCGCACGCUAUUAUUUGAAUGGAUAGCAAUCAAAUGA